AUGGCGAAUUUCCGGGAAAUCCCUGAAGAAAAACUGAGGCUCGCCACUCUAUACUACACAUCAAUGCCUGUUGGAUACACGGCUUUCGCUUCGAACUCCAGUGCAAGUUGCCAUUCUCGAUGUCCGAUCCAUGUUGAGAAGUCGCUUAUUAGACUCUGGUGUAGCUUGACAGUCGACCAACUGGUGGCCGACUGCCUCUUUGCUGCCGAGCCAUCGACGAAUGCCAUUCUUGUCACGAAUAAUCUCUUCCCGUUCAAUUGCGACAGUCUGGCUCAUGCUGUCAUGUUCAAGCAGUUCGACGUGCAAAUCAUACAAAUGAACAAAGUCCGUGAGGGAUCGUUCUCGCCUCAUAUACCGGGCAGCUUCCCGUCAGCUGCAUUACUGGCUAUGAAACCAACCAGUGGUGUUAAACGGAACAAUGCUACGGCGAAUGCUGAAGGCGGUAAUACGGCUCAUAAAAAAUCGGAUGUGAACAGUAAAGAGUCGGUCAUGUUGAUGCCAUCGUUCAGUGACAAACUAAACAGUUGGCAGGCGACCUAUCCACAUCUGCUUUGCACGACAAGGCAAAAGGAUACUGUGCUUCUGGACAAUCGAGCCGGGCAAGUAGGAAAACGGCCAGUGUUCUAUUUCUACAUUCGUGCCACGACCUUUUCGCCUUCAGGAGGUCUGUCGUAUGUGCGAUCGCUUUCAUUGCCGUUCACGAUCGCCACAAGACGAAAUCAGCAGCUCUACCAGGCAUACUUCACAGUGAAUGCCGAGGUGAAACGACCGCUCAGCGAUGUUGACUUUCAGUUGAUGAAGGAGAAAAUGGAAUGUGAGGACUGUCGAGAACGUUGCACUCCGGAAGGUGAAGAACCCUUGUUGACCUUCAAAAAUGUUCUGUGUCCGCAUCUGCGUUACGACUGUGAUCAGAAUGUGAUGCGAUUCUCAAUAUGGAGAGGAAUACUGGAGGUGUUGCAAAUAUUUCAAGACGCUCGAACAAAUGUAAAGCAACUCUGGGAUGAUUUCAUCUUGCACGGAUUGACAGAUAUCAACGAGAUUAAUGAUAUGCUUUCUGCUCAGCCAUCAUCUUAUAUUGCUGGAGGUAGCAUCUGUAUAUCGACACGAGGGGAACGUGGAAUUGUACAUCUGGAGCCGAUUGAGUUGAAAAAGCUUCAAGCCAAAAGUGCUUUCGAAUAUUUGGCUGAUAUCGCGGAAUCGGAGAAG